UACGCAGCAAAAUUGGAUUGGAUAGCCGCAUAUUAUUUGGAUAAUAAAUAAAGUGCAAUUCUGUAGAGCAACAACAAAAGGCAUAGAAGACGAACAACAGUUUAAUAUAUACAACUGCAACGGGUGGCAAUGGUGAACGAAAGUGUUGAAGCCAACAGCAAAAAGCUGUGUGGCUAUGAAUUCUACGAGCGUGUUUUGGGAUCACCGCGUUAUGUGGUUGCUCCAAUGGUGGAUCAAAGUGAGUUGGCCUGGCGAAUGCUGUGUCGUCGCUAUGGCGCCCAGCUCUGCUAUUCGCCCAUGUAUCAUGCGAAUCUGUUUGCCACCGAUCCGAAGUAUCGCAAGGAUGCGUUGCAAACGUGUCCCGAGGAUCGACCAUUGAUCAUACAGUUCUGCGGCAAUGAUCCGCAACAAAUAUUGGAAGCGGCGCUGGCGGCACAGAAUUACUGCGAUGCUGUGGACAUAAAUCUUGGCUGUCCGCAGGCAAUAGCAAAGCGUGGACAUUAUGGCGCCUUCCUGCAGGACGAGUGGGAACUCCUAACUCAAAUUGUGAGAACGCUGCAUGAGAAGCUCUCCAUACCGGUUACGUGUAAGAUACGUCGUUUCGAGGAUCGGGCCAAGACAAUUGAGUAUGCCAAAAUGCUGGAAGCCGCUGGCUGUCAACUGCUCACCGUUCACGGCCGGACACGUGAGCAGAAGGGUCCACUUACCGGCAUAGCCGAUUGGAGUUAUAUUAAAGAUGUGCGCGAGCACAUUAAGAUACCCAUGCUUGCCAAUGGCAAUAUAUUGGGCGUGGAGGAUGUGCAUCGUUGUCUGACGGAGACGGGGGUCGAUGGUGUCAUGACUGCCGAGGGUAAUCUACAUAAUCCUGCUCUAUUUGAAGGCAUCUCGCCUCCAGUGUGGCAAAUGGCCAAUGAAUAUUUGGAAUUUGUUGAUCUGUAUCCGUGUCCCACUUCCUAUAUACGCGGCCAUCUCUUCAAGCUCUUCCAUCACAUCAUGAACAUACGAGAGAAUUCCGAGAUGCGGGAACAGCUGGCGACGGCGAAUCAAUUGCAGCAGUUCCAUAGCGUUGUCCGCCGAGUGCAGGCCAAAUACGAGCCGUAUCAACAGGGUGAACUUGACUACGAGCCCGAGGAGAUGGAGCUAAAUGUGUGUGAAUUGCCAAUGCUGCAGCCCUGGCUGUGCCAGCCCUAUAUACGCGCCUCGCCCGAAUCGCAUCGCCAGAAGAUCGCCGAGAAGCAACUGGAAGCCAUCGAUCCGAAUCGCACCAAGCGACAAUACUUUGACAAUGCCGGCAAUGAAAUAUCCCGCAAACGUAUGAAGAAACUGCGUCGUCGCCAGCGGCGCCCAAUCAAAACCGAUGCACAAUUGCAGCUGCGACGUGAAAGACACUUGGAAUAUUGCGAACAAUGUGCCAAUCCUUUGGGCUCGAAGUGUGAGUUUCGGCUGUGUCGUAUCUGCUGUCGGGACAAGUGUUAUGCGGAGAACUCCGAUUGUCCUGGACAUGGCAUCCUGAUCAAGUCGCGCCGCGCCAAGGCCAAGCAAUUUGAGCAGCAUUUCCGGCAAGAGAAUAACAACGAUGCCCGUUUAACAGCUUCGCGUCCGGUCGAUAACAAUUCGCCAACAAUCGAUCAUCUCUCCUAAUACUAAAUCUAGCGAAUUUGUGCAUGUAGGAAAUUAAUUGUAUUGUUGUUCCUAUGCGUUUCUGUGCAAAUACAAAAAAAAAAAAACAUCAAAUCAAAUAAAGUCCUUUCGAUUCAUUUUUAGUAUCGAUAGACCUCUGCGAAAA